ACAGUCAUUGUAUGUUAUACGCAGUGGAAGAGAAAGGACACACACACACACACUUUUAUUUUUAACUUUGAAAACACGCUCAGGGAAGGCGGCUCACGCGCGUGUUAACAAGUGACAUUUAGUUUGGCGCAAGAUCGCCCCGGAAACCUGAGAGUGCGCCUGGUCAGUAGAGAAGUUACCGGGAACCUGAGAGUGCGCCUGGUCAGCAGAGAAAUGCGGUUUACUGUGUGCUCCAUAGACUUCGAAAAAAAAACAAGAGUGAACGUAGAAGUUUGUGGACACGCUUUGACAGUAACUUCAACAUGGGUUUACUCCUAUAAUGGAGGAAUAGAGAACCCCGUCCGGGACUAACAGCGAUAUUACACAUCAUCACCACAUCAUCAUCCCCGUCAAUGAAGACUGCAGGCAUGGCCCUGUUCAAGCAGCAGAGAGUGGAGGAUUUCUACCACAUCGGAGAAGAAUUAGGAAGUGGUCAGUUUGCCAUCGUGAAGCGUUGCCGGGAGAAGAGCACAGGUCUGGAGUUCGCCGCUAAGUUCAUCAAGAAACGUCAGAGCAGAUCCAGCCGGCGGGGGGUCAGGAGGGAGGAGAUAGAGAGAGAGGUCAACAUCCUGCAGCAGACACAACACCCCAACAUAGUCACCUUCCACGACGUCUACGAGAACCGCACUGACGUGGUGCUCAUCCUGGAGCUGGUGUCAGGAGGAGAGCUGUUUGACUUCCUGGCCCAGAAGGAGUCUCUGAGUGAAGAGGAAGCCACUCAGUUUAUCAAACAGAUUCUACAGGGGGUCCGCUACCUACACUCUAGGAAGAUAGCACACUUUGAUUUGAAGGUGUGUGUGUGUUUGUGUGUUUGUGCCCUCUUAGGGCACCCAGAGAUGGAUCCCAAGAAGGUCAAGGCGGUCACGAAUCACCACACCUGCCACGGCCAAGGAGACCCCCACCUCCCAGAUAUAGACGAAGUAGCCCACACAGUCCGCUCGGAUACUGAUCCAGGAGGUCAGGGAAUCCCUGCAGUAUCUGGUGGACUGGGAGGCUACGGGGGCCAG